GUUUGGUUGUUUCCCCGUCCAUUCUCAACAUGUGCAGACUCGGAUCCGUUAGCCCCGGGUAGCGGUCCACUUGCUCGGGUAGCUUAGGCGCUAGUGCUAAGUGCUACAAACAAACACCAAGCCGACAAAACGUUUAAACGUCAUCUUCGUUGUCUCCGCAGACGAGCCACUAAACACGGCCCCAAACACACCCAGCUGUUAGCUUUCGUUAUUGAGUGUCGUAACCGUGCUAACUGCUGGUAGUUGGAUUUGGUCCAGGGGAAGCGGUUGCUAACCGAGGCGGUGGUGACUUGACUGCCGUUGCUAACGUUACCUUUGGGGAGAUGCUAACGCUGCUAGCGUCAUUGUUAGCAUUCAAGCGCGCAGACACUUGGUCAUGUCUACCAAGACGAGCACCUAGCUACAUUUGCUCACCGAAGCUACAGCCGCGUAUACUGGCUGACCCAGGUUUUUGUAACACGUUGACGACAAAGUGCCAGUAACCAGGGUUGACUUAGGUGCAGCUGUCUUAGCUCAACUAGCUCGCGAAAUUGAUGCAAAGCCUUCUAUAUCAUUGGGCUAAUAGCAAUAGCGUUAUUUUGACAUACUGUUACAAUAUAAAUAAAAAAUACCAAUGUGCUUGCUAAAAAUUGUGCUUUUUCUUGUUUUCAGAAAACGUUCAAAUAUGACUUAGGCAAUUACGCUUUUAGGUUAACGAUAUGUAUAUGUGGCUAAAAUUAGCGGUAGUCCAAGACCAAGUGAAAUUGAAAUUGAUAUGUGCCGCCUGGUUCUUUAUAUCCCAGUUAACCCAAAUUUGCUUUAACUAACGUUCAAAUUGUCGGCUUAAGUACCGUCAGUAUCGGAUAAUAAGAAUGGAUAAUUUAUGUGUCAAACUACAGCCGUUCUCAAUUUGCUUCUUGGGGUUAACGUUAGCUGCCCACCCAAGCUUCACCAGUCGACCCCAGACAGGUGACAUCGGCUAACGGUUGUUGCCAGGAAAUAUGAAGCUCCAGCUGCACCACGCACUGUCAAUAUUUUUCGACGUUCGGGAUUUUAAAAUAGCGCAAUGCGUAUUCUGCUAAUGGAUUUCAACUUUUUAAUGAGUCAGCUAGUCCAGUGUUAAGUAAGCAAAGUGCAAAACCGCAUGGCAGUGCCACAUGGUUGCCCUAGGAAUAAAUGGUAAAGUGAAUGACGCUUACAAUGUCAUCAGAUGGACGGGGCAGCAUGGUGCACAAAGGGGCCUUGUAUCUGAUAAUCUGCCGCUGACACUGUACUCAGCAGCUGUAUAGUUCCUCUGCUUUCAGCCCAACGCGCUGCCCCCUUUCACCUUUAAUAUAAGCCUGUUUUUUUCCACAUUUGCCUCACUGCAGCUGUUCCGUGACGCUAGAAUAAUAUGCCGCCACAUGUGUUGGACUCUGAUAAGGGGAGAGAGCAACGGAUCUCGAGGACCAGAUUGCCUGCUGAACUUUUUUUUGCCUCUAGCGCAGAUCACCAGGGACCAUGCUGACCAUCCUAGCUGCUGGGUCUGUGUUCUUUCCAGGCCUUUUCCUGCUGUCCAAACAAUGCCUGAAAUCCAUCCCAGCACUGAGGUGGAGCGAAGGAGAUGCAGUCAUUGUAUCAGCCAGGUUGGUGUCCUCAGUUCAGGCAGUCAUGGCUUCUUCCGCUGGCUAUAUAAUUUCCUCUUCUUGUAAAGAUGUCCUGGAGGACCAGCAUUGGCUCACUAGCACUUACAUCAUGUUCGCCGUUCCCUACUUCGUGUAUGACAUCUACGCGAUGUUCAUGUGCUACUGGUACAAGCUCCGGGUCAAAGGGCACGAGGAGGCCUCGGCGGCGCCCCAGCACAUGCGCUCGGCACUGAUCAGCUACUUGCGUCGCGAGUUCCUCAUGGUGCUGCACCAUGUUGUCAUGGUCACCGUCUGUUUCCCCGUCUCUGUGUUCUGGCGACAAGGAAGGGGAGAUUAUUUCCAGGGUAUAAUGUUCAUGGCUGAGCUCAGCACUCCGUCUGUCUGCUUAGGAAAAAUACUCAUCCAGUACAAACAGCAACACACUAUCCUGCACAAAGUGAAUGGGGCUCUUAUGCUGAUCACUUUUUUCAUCUGUCGAGUCCUACUCUUCCCUUACCUCUACUACGUCUAUGGAAGGUACGCAUCCAUUCCCUUCCACAUGGUCCCCCUGUCGGUCCCCUGGCACUGUAACCUCGGUGCCGCCCUGCUCAUGGCGCCCCAGCUCUACUGGUUCUCCCUCAUUUGCAGGGGCGCCCUGCGACUGUUCUUGGGCACCUCCCGCUCUCAGAGACCGCGCGCGGCCACGGCCGCCGAUAAGGAUCGCCAGACGGACGGCAACGCACUGCCCCAGCCUGCCAAUGGCUACAGCACGCGCUCCACAGAGCCCGAGCUGGCCACUCACUGAGAGGAGUGGAGUGGAGUGGAGGGGAGGGAGGGGAGGGAAGGAAGGCGAAUGUACCAAUGAGUCUGUAAAGGAAGGAAAGCUAUGAGGGGAAAAGACUUGAAACAAGUCAAGGCGGUGGCCUCAAAGAGUGCUGGAGUGUUUGCAGCCAGUAAACGGCUAAAUAUUUGGUCCCUGGCCACCGAAUACUUCAGCUUCUUAGUUUGUAGGAAAUAAACAGAGUGUUAGAGCACUCAGUAUUUAAGAUGUCAUCAGGCACUGUGACAGAUGGGAACAUGCACUGACCUGAGAGGAAUUUGCCUGGAUGUAUAGCAAGCAUAGGUGGCUAUUUCCCUCAUGUAGAUCAAAUUCAGUCCUCUCUGCCUCACGGUAUAGGAAGAGCAGGAACAUAGGAAUGUAUUAUAUUGUAUGUUAGUACGUUUGCUGUAGAUGGAAGGCCCGAUUCAGUUUAGUAAUGAAGACGACCUUCAAAAAAAGAAAAAAAUCCCGGCUAAGCAGUAUUUUGACUUGUUAGUGUUUAUUAUCUGUAUCCUCUAUGUAGUCACUGUCACUCUAACAAAAUGUAAUCAACCUGCAGACUGACUCAUCUUUAGAAGGGAGAUAAUCUCGUAUGACUGUAUUCUGCUGCCUUAUCCCUUUUCCCCGUUCUUUGCAGUUUCUUUACCUUUUUGUUUCUACCCUGGAAGAAGGAAGAAGAGGCUCUCCUCGGACUGAAAACCGUGACGGUUGUACAUAGCAGAUGUAAAAUUGUCCUCUCCGUGUCAGUAUUAGUUGAUUUUAUUUCAUUUUUUUUUUAAGAUUUUGUCUCAUUUCUGCAUCUGACUAUUUUGAACAAAGACAUUUCAGCAUUACGAUACAAACAUUUCACUUACAGCUUAGUGUACACAGACACCCCCCAAACGUGUGGCCGUGUUUCUCGUUUCAGUGUAGAUAUGACUUCAUUCCAUUUACUGGUGUCACUAUAUUUUUUUCACUCGAGGAACUGAUGCACAGAGGCAGUUGCUUGCUGGAUUUGUGUGUUUUGUGUUGAGAUUUUUUUUUUUUUUUUUUUCGUUUGGUGCUGCUGUAAAUGUCCAACUAUCCAUUUUCUUGGCAGAAAUCUUUCACAAAGGGAUCCAUGAGGUUUGAGUAUUUUUAACUCUGUAAGGGGACUUGCAACGUUGAUGCUUGAAGGGAAGGAAAAGUGAAAAGCACCACAUUUGUCCAUUAUUUCACUCUUCAUUUACUUUUUAACCACUGGUAAUUCCUCCACGCAGCCUUUUUAACGUCUGAAACGCUCCAACCAUUGAGCCGUUCAUUUGAGCCACCGGUUCCAUGAACCUCCUACGAACAAACUUGUUUUUAUCAUUUUGUGUUGGUUUAAAGCAGUUACACUGUCUUGCAAAUGGGACAAGGAAAAACAAAACAAAACAAAACAAAAAAAAAAAAAAAAAAACAGCUGAAAAACCAUCAAGACAGGGUAGUGUGUGCCAAAAACAUCUGGACAACUGUGGGCAUGUUGAACACAGAAUAUCCAUUCCCGUGUUCCAUGAAUUCAUUAAGGUACUGCUUCUAGACAAUACUACAAGAAAUAUUUCAACCGAUGUACUGUAUAUUCCACAAAAUGCUCGUUAUUUAUUUGUAAGUAUUUAUUUAUUUAUUUAUUUGGUUUGUGGUUUUUGAAUGCAUAUUUAUGCAUACAUAUUAUACUCUAUGCUUCUGAGCCUCAUGUGAAGGCUGUAUUGUUACUCAAACUUAGCUAAAAUAUACUUCUCUGUCCUGAA